AUGGCCGACGAAGCCAAUACGAGCGAUGGGCUCUAUCCCAUUGCCGUGCUCAUUGAUGAACUCAAGCACGACGAUGUUCUCUUGCGCUUGAACGCCAUCCACCGCCUCGGCACGAUUGCACUCGCUCUGGGACCCGAGCGAACAAGGGACGAGCUGAUUCCUUUCCUCGACGAGUCGGUCGAGGACGAAGAUGAGGUGCUAGUUGCACUGAGCGAGGAGCUGGGCAACUUCAUGGAGUACCUGGGAGGCUCCGAAUGGGGUCACGUCCUGCUUUCGCCCCUCGAGAAUCUCGCUGCGAUAGAGGAGCCCGUGGUUCGCGAUAAGGCCGUCGAAUCGCUCAACAAGAUUGCCGCCGAUUUAUCUCCUCAGCAGAUCGAAGAAUACUUCAUUCCCAUGACUCUCCGUCUCGCUAAGGCCGACUGGUUCACAUCCAAAGUUUCGGGUUGCGGUCUCUUCACAGCUCCCUACAGCAAGGUCAGCGCGACCUCGCAGGAGCAGCUUCGGCAACAGUUCAGUAUUCUGGUCCACGAUGAGACGCCUAUGGUUCGUCGCCAGGCUGCGACCAACCUGGCCAGUUUUGUCCGGGAGAUGCCCCCGAACAUUGUCGUUGACGAGAUGAUACCCCUCUUCCAGCACCUUGUGUCGGACGACCAGGACAGCGUACGCCUGUUGACUGUGGAGACACUCAUCGCGAUUGCUGAGUCGGUCCCCAAGGAUCAGCAAAGUAGCCAUGGCGUGCUUCUGACAUCCCUACGCAACCUUAUGGAGGACAAGAGCUGGAGGGUCCGCUACAUGAUUGCAGACCGAUUCGAAAAGAUCGCCAAAGCAGUCGACGAUGAGGUUGUUUCCAGAGACCUGGUCCCAGCAUUUGUGAAACUCCUGAAAGACACCGAAGCGGAGGUCAGGACAGCAAUCGCCGGCCAGAUCCCGGGUUUCUGCGGCCUGAUCGACCGCACAGUUGUCCUGAACGACAUUAUGAGCAGCAUUGAGGAUCUCGUCUCAGACACAUCGCAGCAUGUCAGGGCCGCCCUUGGCACACAGAUCAGCGGCCUCGCCCCCAUCCUUGGCAAGCAAGAGACCAUCGAUCACUUGCUGCCCAUGUUCCUGCAGAUGCUCAAGGACGAGUUCCCUGAAGUACGCCUACACAUCAUCUCAAAACUUGAGCUCGUCAACCAAGUGAUUGGUAUCGACCUGCUCUCACAAGCUCUGUUGCCCGCCAUCGUUCAGCUCGCCGAGGAUAAGCAAUGGCGCGUACGAUUGGCGAUCAUCGAGUAUGUCCCGCUGUUAGCAAGUCAGCUUGGAGUAGAGUUCUUCAACGAGAAGCUGAGCACGCUGUGCAUGGGCUGGCUUGGUGACACCGUCUUCUCUAUCCGAGAGGCUGCCACGCACAACUUGAAGAAGUUGACAGAGGUGUUUGGUGUUGAGUGGGCUAACGAGGCCAUCAUUCCACGCGUCAUGCAGAUGGGCAGCCAUCCCAACUACCUCUACCGCAUGACGACCUGUUUCGCUAUUUCUACUCUGACGAGCGUCGUGAGCAUGGACGUGAUCGACAAGUCGAUAUUGCCCAUGCUGGACAAGAUGGUGGAAGACGACAUCCCCAACAUCCGCUUCAACGUUGCCAAGACAUACGCCGUUCUUGUCAACGCCCUGCGGAAACUCCCCGAGGAGGGCACUCUGUACUCGUUGGAGAAAGAGGGAACCGAGUUCAGCCCGUCGCCCCGCGGCCAGGAGCUCAUUCAAGAAAAGAUCAUGCCCAAGCUCAAGAAGCUCCAGGAGGACGACGAUGUGGAUGUUCGGUUCUUUGCCACAACCGCAAGCGCAGACCCCCCUGCGGCGGCGGCAUCAGCAGUACCCGUGGCCGGAGAACCAAUGAAUACGUCACCAUAG